AAAGUUGAGCUCGCAGUGUUGUCACUGUGGCUGGGACCAUGUGACUCCCGCGUUAAGGCCUGCUGUCUGUUUUGAGCAGACGGAGAGAGGAAGGAACAUGGCGGCUGCGAGCGACCCGAAGCGGGACGCCGGCCAUUCGCUUUGAGCUUCCUUGCGCUACCAGAGGCCGUGGCUCUCCGCGGAGGCGCUUGCAUCUGCAUCUCAGCGAGCUUAGCUUCCCGGCGGUGCCCGAAAUUCCGACUUGUGUGCGCCGGGAGUGCGCGCAAAAAGGGCCGGAGUCGAUAAGAAUAGAGCUGGUGGAGAUAUAAUGAGGGGGAGAAGAGGCAGGCCGCCCAAGACCGUACUGAUGCAGGAGCCCUCCACAGGGCCGGUGCGGGGGCUCAGACCCCGCCGGGGACUGAAGGUGAAGAGCAAGGGGGCAGCUGACGAGGAUUAUGUGACUCCAACCAAGCGGGGGAACCAGCAGUCGCCGCGGGCCCGCAAGAAAGGGGGCUCCGCGGGAGCUAGAGGCAGAGGCAGGGGGAGAGGAGGAGCUGCUGCUGCCGGUGCUGGUGGACGGGGUCGGGGGAGACGGAGCGCCGCCAGCGCCGUGGUCUACGACGACCACGAAAGCGACGAGGAUGAGGACGCCGUGAGCCUGGCCUCGGAAGAGGACGAGGAGGUGGAAGAGGAGCCCAUCACGGACGAGGAGGAGGAAGAAGUCGUCGACAACGAGUCGGACUAUCUGGAGGAGCUGCCGGAGGAGAAUGAGGAGGAUGAUGCGAGCUACUGCACCGAGAGCAGCCACGGCAGCACCCCAGGACGGAAAAGGCGGAGAGCCCACCGUCCUCGCUCCCCCAUCCUGGAGCAGAAGGAGAUCCCUGCUCUAAACUUGCCCGCAUCUUCUGAAGACCUGCUUAUUCCCGCAGAGCAGCUGCUCAAUGCCUCGUCCAUUUACGAGGUCCUUCGCAACUUCAGCACGGUGCUGCGUCUCUCACCAUUCCGUUUUGAGGACUUCUGCGCAGCCUUGGUGGGUCAGGAGCAGUGCACGCUGAUGGCAGAGACUCACAUCGCCCUGCUGAAGGCCAUCCUGCGCGAGGAGGACACGUCCAACACCACCUUCGGCCCGGCCGACCUCAAAGAUAGCGUCAACUCUACGCUCUACUUUAUCGAUGGUAUGACCUGGCCGGAGGUGGUGAGGUCUUACUGCGAGAGCGACCCCGAGUUUCGGGACGUUCUGCCGCACCUGGAGGGAGAGGAGUACCCUUUCGGACCGCUGGACAGCAAGGUGAAGGUGCUGCAGUUUCUGGUGGAUCAGUUUUUGACCACCAACCUUGCCCGAGAGGAGCUGAUGUCUGAGGGCGUGGUGCAGUAUGACGAUCACUGCCGCGUGUGCCACCGGCUCGGCGACCUGCUGUGUUGCGAGACCUGCUCGGCCGUGUACCACUUGGAGUGUGUGAAGCCUCCUCUGGAGGAGGUGCCUGAGGACGAGUGGCAGUGUGAGAUUUGUGUGGCACACAAGGUACCUGGAGUCUCUGACUGCAUUAUGGAGGUCCAGAAGAGCAGGCCGUACCUCCGUCAGGAGCCGAUUGGCUACGAUCGGCAUCAGAGAAAGUACUGGUUCCUGAACCGGAGGAUCGUUGUUGAGGAGGAUGGCGAGGACGAGGCGGGGAAGAAGAUCUGGUACUACAGCUCUAAGGUGCAGCUGGGGGAGCUGCUGGAGCUGCUGGAUAAGGAGUUCUGGGAGAUCGACCUGUGUGUGGUCCUGGAGGAGCUGAGGGAGGAGAUCCACAGUCACAUGGACAUCACGGAGGAGCUCACCAACAAGGCCCGUGGCAACAACAAGGCCUACCUCACCGUCGUCAACGAUGAGAUCUUGGAGAAGGUGAAGGCCCGGCAGGAAGCUGAAGAGGUGAAGCGGCGAGCAGCUGAGAAGUCUAAGCAGGGAGGCGAGGCAGAUAACACCGUCUCAUCUGCAGCCGACUGCUCUUCUCCACAGCUGGACUCGGGAGACGGGACGAUGGGGAGUGAGAAGACUGAGGCUGAUGCUGCCACUAUCCCUGCUGCUGAGGACAGUAGCACCAGCGUUUCUGGACGCCCUCAAGAUGACCCACCUAAACCCGACCUCCAGAGCCCUCCAGGGGGCGCUGCCACCGCUGCCCCCUCUGCUGCAGCUGCAGGGGAACCUGGAGAGGGGGCUGAGGCGGAGAGGGAGUGGGCAGAUAAAAGCUCAGAGUCGGGUUGUCGAGAGCCCGUCCUCGAGAGUGAACCUCCCCAGACUGCGGAUGAGAACAGCUGCAGCAGCCACUUCUCCAUCUCCGACUGCCUAAGGCCACCGGAGGAGCCGGACCUCGCUGACCGCUCCUCACAGUCUUCACUCAACAGCCAGGAGGACACGGGUGAGGGGAAAGGAAAUGGAGAUGGUAUGAGAUCUGGGUCGUCUCUGCGCAUGGUGACGCGUCUGCGCAACCCUGACAGCAAACUGAGCCAGCGCAAGAUCAUGCAGGACAAGGACGGCAGCACACAGGACUGCAGCAAAGCACUUAAUCAGACCACUACGCUGACUCCCUUUGGCUCUGGCAGAACCCUGGUUAAUAAGAGCAGCUCGAACAGUGGUUUCUUCAAACUGGGUCAGGAGGGCAAAUUCCGAGUCUACCACAACCAGUACAGCACAAACACCCUGGCUCUUAACAAGCACCAGCACCGCGAGGACCACGACAAGCGCCGCCACCUCUCCCACAAGUUCUGCAUGACCACCGCCGGCGAGUUCAAGUGGAACGGCUCAGUGCACGGCUCCAAAACCCUGACCGUGUCCACGCUGAGACUGACCAUUAUCCAGCUGGAGAACAACGUCCCCGCUCCCUUCCUGCAUCCCAACUGGGCCUCACACAGGUCCAACUGGAUAAAAGCAGUCCAGAUGUGCAGCAAAGCGCGAGAAUUCGCUCUGGCAUUGGCCAUCCUAGAGUGUGCAAUCAAACCAGUGGUCAUGCUCCCAAUGUGGAAGGAUUCUUUGGGUCACACAAGGCUUCUUCGAAUGACCUCCAUGGAGCGAGAGGAGAAGGAAAAGGUGAAAAAGAGAGAGAAAAAACUGGAGGAUGAAGAGACGAUGCAGCAGGCCACAUGGGUGAAGUACACCUUCCCCAUUAAGCACCAGGUGUGGAAACAGAAAGGGGAGGAGUACAGAGUCACAGGUUAUGGUGGAUGGAGCUGGGUCUCGAAAACGCAUGUCUAUCGCUUUCUCCCCAAACUACCUGGAAACACAAACGUCAACUACCGAAAAGCACUUGAGGCAGCUAAAACUGAACACGAAAAUCAAGCAUCCCCCUCCCCGACAAAAACGAAAUCCAGCCCUUCAGAAAAGCCCAAAGUCUCCAGUUCCGUCCAGAAACCUGCAAAUGAAGACAAGCACUCAAAUUCUGUUAAAGAAUCUGGGAAGGAAAAGUCACCUGUUGAGGAGAAAACUCUGACUGAGGAGAAACGGGAGGAAAAAGAGGAGGAAAAGAUGGAGGUGGAUGGAGAGGCUGUGCACAAGAGUGAAAACCUUAAUAAAAAGGAAUCUAACGAAUCCUCUGAACCGAUGGACACUAGUGCCUCCAACUCCACUGGUUCCAGUGAUGAAAAAGUUAACGAAAGAAGCACUUCGUCACCUUCGCUGAACGAGAAGACGUCUAAAGUAGAACCUACUGAUGGUGAAAUGUCCAAAGCUAGCGAUGAAACUUCUGAAGCAACUUUCGAUCGUGAGGUUGUGAACGUCAGCGAGGGCUUCCUGCAGCGCACAGCGUACAAGAAGAAAGUCAAAGCCUCGAAGCUGGACGGGCUUUUGGAGCGGCGAGUCAAACAGUUUACCCUGGAGGAGAGGCUGAGGCUGGAGAAGCUCAAGCAGCAGGCAGCUAUCUCUAAACCAUCUGCGGGGGACCAGGAGAAAGAGAAGACCACCUCAUCCACGAAGCAAGAAAUUCAGAGUUCCCAAGCAACUGCCUCUGAUGCUCUGAAGUCUGUCCAGACGGAUGAGUUAGUAGAACCAGUAAUGAAGGAAAAAGACCCUGUGGUCCAAAAGCUUGAAUUCGACCAAGAGGAGGAGCAACCAAAGCCUAACAAUUCCUUAGAAAAGACUGAUAAUCUUGACGUUAGAUUGGACUCUGGUCCUAAGACUGAAACGUUGGCACAAGUGGAACAAGGACAAAAAGGAGAAACAGAAGCAGAGCACAAAACGGGCAAUGGAGCACCAGCACCGGCGGCUCCUGAGCUUAACGGAGGUUCACGGCAAGAUGUGGAGAAAGAUCUUGACUUAAAGACUGAAACUGAUUGUCCCAAAAUCGAGGAAACUGGAAGGAAAAGCCCAGUUGAGAAUAGUUCUUCCAUUGGUGAGAACGGUUUGAAUGUAGAUAAAUCCUUGCCAGUCCAUGUAAAUGGAAAAGAUGGUUCUGUAGCCUCUUCACCCACAAGUUUGACCAAUAAUAUCAACUCAAAAGAUGAGAUGCAAACCACGGAGGAUGAGACGAGACUCUUAGCACCAAAGGAACCUUUGAAAUCGCUCAUGAAUGGGGAUUUAAGUCAGGAGGGCCAGAGAGAAAAGGCUAAGGUUGAUGAACCAUUGGAAACGGUGAUGGAUAAGUCAGACUCUGAGUAUCUGCCACCUCAGAAGGUAGCCAAGAUAGCUGAGAACAACACAGAAGGCAUUGUUGACUCAACCGUUGACUCUACUGUUGAUUCUACUGUUGGUUCUACCGUUGACUCUACUCUGCCCCAGCUUACCCCAACAGAAUCUAGAUUAAAGCCGGAUGUGCUUAGUAACAGUGCCAAGGUGCCGUCAAUAGAGGCCGAGGAGGCCAAGUCGAAAUCGCUCAGCCCAUCGUCCGUUCCGUCUGCGGACGAGUCCAGCCUUAGCAGUGACUUUCCUGAAAACAGCAAUAGUAGUAAUAGUGGGAUAAAGACCAUAAUCACGCAGGUCACCACAACAACCACAACCACAGUAUCCACCACAGAGUCCCGCACUGUACCGUGUACAGCAGAAGCAUCAAGCACAUCAUCAGUACUGGAUGGUACAGCUAUCAGUAACAACUCCACCUCAGCCACAUCAUCCUCAUCAUCAACAUCAUCAUCCUCGUCAUCAUCAGUACCAAAGGUGGAGUCCACCACAUCAGUCUCCACUCUCUCCACUACAACCACCACCACCGUCACCAAAGUCAGCAAUCCCGUUCUAGGAGCCAAGGUGACCGAAGAGUCCAAGACUGUUGUAACAGCAACGCUAAUGGAUGCUAAAUCAGGACCUUCAGGUUGCUCUGUGACCUCUAUGACUGUAAGUAAGGAGUACUCCACUCGAGACAGGGUACGUCUGAUGAAGUUCUCACGCUCCAAGAAGACCCGAUCGGGGACGGCCCUGCCCUCUUACCGCAAGUUCGUUACCAAGAGCAGCAAGAAGAGCAUCUUCGUCCUUCCUAAUGACGAGCUGAAGAAGCUUGCGCGGCGAGCCGGGAUCCGCGAGGUUCCCAUUUUUAACUACAACGCCAAACCGGCUUUGGACAUCUGGCCGUAUCCGUCCCCGAGACCCACGUUUGGAAUCACAUGGAGGUACCGACUCCAAACAGUGCGGUCUUUGGCUGGAGUGAGUAUGAUGUUACGGUUACUCUGGGCUUGUCUCAGGUGGGACGACAUGGCAGUGAAGCCUUCUCCUGCUGUGGGAACCACGCGCACAGAAACAUCUGAGACAGAUAUCACCACCACAGAGAUCAUCAAGAGGAGGGAUGUGGGACCUUACGGCAUUCGAUCGGAAUACUGCAUCAGAAAAAUCAUCUGUCCCCUGGGAGUGCCCGAGACUCCAAAAGAGACCCCCACGCCCCAAAGGAAAGGCCUGCGCUCCAGCGCCCUGCGGCCGAAGAAGCCUGAGCCUUCUAAGCAGACGGGUCCUGUAGUGAUUGAGAGCUGGGUGCCGGAAGAAGAGCUGGAGCUCUGGGAGAUACGAGCCUUUACUGAAAGGGUCGAGAGGGAAAAGGCACAGGCAGCAGACCCAACUAAGGUUAGUGUGCAGAAGAAAGCUGAGGAGGUCAAGGCUCAGUUGGAAGCCCAGCUAAAGCAGCAGAGAUUGGCAGCUCAGCAGAAACGGUUGGAUCAGCAAAAACCUGGAGGCAAUACAGUCAACACCACCCUGACCAGCACACCCACCAGCACUGGGUCCACCACACAGAAGGUGGUGGUAGGCUCCCUGACCAGCCCGGUCACUACUGGGACAAAAGUGGUGCUGACCACCAAGUUAGGAACUCCGGUGACAUUCCAGCAGAACAAAAACUUCCAGCAGACGUUUGCUUCUUGGGUCAAACAGGGGCAAGGUAAUACAGCCUCCACAACUUCCAUAACCACGGUAGCAGCAAGUAGCAUCAGCACGUCUGGGCAAACGUUCCAGAUCGCUGCUGCCCCGGGCUCCAAGGGCGCCAAUGUCAUCACCGCCAAACUGCCUCUGCCGGCCAACAGCAAGAUAGUCACAGUGAACGUGCCAGCCAGCCAAGGAGGUGUGGUCCAGGUACAGCAGAAGGUGGUGGGAAUCAUUCCAUCCAGCACAGCAGGCACAGCUCAGUCCUUUACUUCAUUCCAGCCACGAACAGGGAACGUCAGCAUCCGGCCCAACACCACCACCACCACACAGCAGGUCACAACAGCUGGAACUCCUCUGAGGCCUGGGAUGACUGUGGUUCGUUCUCCUCUCCAGCAGACCACAACUUUAGGAAAGACCAUUAUCCGGACACCCCUAAUGGUUCAAGGUCAGGGUCAGCAGGUGGUCACUCAGAUCAUCCGUGGAACUCCCGUAUCCAAGGCUGUGGCCGGCAGCCCGGCACAGGCUGGCACAGGCACUCCCCCUCGGCCCGCCACACCUGGCCAACCGCAGACCCCUCAGACACCCCCCGCCGCUCGGCCGCAGCAGGGCCAGGUCAAACUGACCCUGGCUCAGCUCACACAGCUCACGCAGGGUGCUCAGGGAGGGAAUCCCGGUUUGACGGUGGUGAUCCAGGGUCAGGGCCAGACCACAGGCCAGCUCCAGGUCAUCCCACAGGGGGUGACUGUGAUACCAGGUCCUGGUCAGCAGCUCAUGCAGGCAGCCAUGCCGAACGGCCAGGUCCAGCGCUUCCUUUUUACCCCCAUGCCCCCAGCACCAGCUCCAGCCGUAUCCACACCCAGCACCUCCGUCAUCCCAGCUACCACUACCGGCACCACCACCACACCUACAAUGCCUAUUCAACCAGCGAGGCAACCUGCAGUACAAGCUCAGCCUCCCAUCCAGCCCUCCAACCUUCCAUCAUCGCCUCCCUCUCUUCCUACACCCCAACCUGUCCAACAUCCAGCCACCCCAGCACAAACCCCAGCUCCUUCUUUCCCAGUCUCAUCUCCACAACCCCACCUUUCUUCACCCCAGCCCCAAAUACAGCCACAGCCUCAAUUAAUACAGCCACAGCCCCAACUUCAAGCCCAGCUUCAGCCCCAAGUCCAGAUACAACCCCAGCUUCAGACGCAGAUCCAGCCUCAGCCCCAACUUCAACCCCAGACUCAACUUCUCCCACAACCCCAACUUCAACCCCAGACUCAACUUCUAACCCAACCUCAGAUCCUGCCUCAACCCCUACAACAGAUCCAGCCACAACCUCUGCUGCAGCCUCAAACCCAAACUCAGCUCCAGCCUCAAACCCUGCCCCAGUCUCAGCCCCAACCCCAGCUCCAGACUCAGACCUUACUACAAUCCCAGCCUCGCCUUCAGCCUCAACCUUUACUUCAGCCCCAACCUCAGCUUCAACCCCAACCACAACUCCAGAUCCAACCACAACUCCAGAUCCAACCACAACUCCAAAUUCAACCUCAACUCCAGCCUCAAUCUCCCCUGACAACUCAAACCCAAAUACAGCAGUCUCCCCCAACAGCUGUGUCUCACGUAGCCCAGGUUGCCUCCCCUCCAGCGCAGGUAACCUCCAUCGCCGUGGCCCCUCAGGUGACCCAAACCACAGUAACGCAGGUCCAGCCUCAGAUCCAGCUCCCCGCCCAGCUCCUCAGCGUGCCAGGGCUCCAGCAGCAGGUCCUCUCCCACAUCCAGAACCAGGUAGCGGCCCAGCUUCAGGCCCAGGCGCAGCAGGGCACCCUCCCCCAGCAGAUCAAGCUGCAGCUGCCCAUCCAGAUUCAGCAGCAGGGUGGAGGACAAGUGCAGACGCAUCAGAUCCAGAACGUGGUGACAAUACAGACGGCCAGCGUCCAGGAGCAGCUCCAGCGCAUCCAGCAGCUGCGGGACCAGCAGCAGCAGAAGAAGAAGCAGCAGCAGGAGGCUAAGAGGGAGCAGCAGGCCAGCAGCCAGAGCGACCUGCUGCAGAAACAGGUCGUGAUGAAGCAGAACGCAGUCAUAGAGCACCUAAAGCAGAAGAAAACUAUGACCCCAGCCGAGAGGGAGGAGAACCAGAGAAUGAUCGUGUGCAACCAGGUGAUGAAAUUCAUCCUGGAUAAGAUCGACAAAGAUGAGAAGCAGGCAGCUAAAAAGAGGAAGCGGGAGGAGUCUGUGGAGCAGAAGCGCAGCAAACAGAACGCCAGCAAGCUCUCGGCUCUGCUCUUCAAACACAAGGAGCAGCUGAAAGCUGAGAUCCUGAAGAAGAGAGCGCUGCUGGAUAAGGAGCUACAGGUGGAGGUGCAGGAGGAGCUGAGGAAAGAUCUAACUAAGUUAAGACGAGAGAAGGAGAAGGCUCAGGCUGCUGCCUCCCAAGCAGCUGCCGCAGCCGCCAGUGCCCAGGCAGCCGCCCACGCUUCUGCCGCAGCCGCCACCGCUCCAGUCACCUCUGCAGCCUCCAGUCACAAACGCAAGCGGGAUGAAGACCGCGACGGCACCCCCUCGAAGAGCAAGAAGAAGAAGAUGAUCUCCACGUCCUCAAAGGACAACAAGAGAGACACCAAGCUGUACUGUGUAUGCAAAACGCCCUACGACGAGUCCAAGUUUUAUAUCGGUUGCGAUCUCUGCUCGAACUGGUACCACGGUGAAUGUGUGGGCAUCACGGAGAAGGAGGCGAAGAAAAUGGACGACUACAUCUGCGCAGAGUGUAAAAGAGGACAGGAGGGCAGCUCAGAGGAGCUCUACUGUAUCUGCAGAACACCUUACGACGAGUCCCAGUUCUACAUUGGUUGUGAUCGCUGCCAGAACUGGUACCAUGGGCGCUGCGUGGGGAUUCUGCAGAGUGAGGCCACUCACAUCGACGAGUACGUGUGCCCUCAGUGUCAGUCCACGGAGGAGGCCAUGACGGUCCUGACGCCACUCACAGACAAGGAUUACGAGGGCUUAAAGCGAAUACUCCGCUCCUUACAGGCUCAUAAGAUGGCAUGGCCGUUCCUGGAACCAGUAGAUCCUAACGACGCUCCAGAUUACUAUGGAGUCAUAAAGGAACCAAUGGACCUUUCCACAAUAGAGCAGAAGAUACAGAAACGAUUUUACAGCAAGCUAACAGAGUUCGUAGCGGACAUGACCAAAAUUUUUGACAACUGCCGCUACUACAACCCCAGUGACUCACCUUUUUACCAGUGCGCCGAGUUCUUGGAAACCUUCUUUGUACAGAAGCUGAAAGCGUUCAAAGCAAGCAGGUCUCAUAACAACAAACUACAGUCUUCAGCCUCAUAGAAUACAACCACACGCAGUGCUAACACUCGCCCAACAGGAGAUUUUAAUGGGUUUUGGGGGAAAAGGGGUGAUUAGGGGGGAAUGGGUGGGUACGUUGGGCAGUCAACCCACAAGAUGGACCCCAGGCAUCUUCUCGGACGCCCCAAGAGUUCUCGAAAUUCUCCGUUCUCUCCUCCAGCUGAUGGUUCUUCCCCUAUCGACCAGCAUCACACAGAAACGCAGCAUUCAAUGGAUUCGGUUGGAUUCAAAUUCGGAUUUGGUUGACUUAAGUUGACUUCGGUUGACUAGUGUUGACCUGCCCUGCUGCUCUCUGACCGUGGAGGAAUUACAUCGAGAAUUUUGUAAUGAUUGUUACCUCAAAGCAAUGACUUUUGAAUGGGAUUCCUGUUGGCCCCGCCCCCUACUUUUCUUUCUUUUUUUAUGAAGUCAUGUUUGCAUAAUUCAGGUCAACCGUUAUCUCCAAUAUCUUUUUCAUGACGAGAACAUCUUUCCACAUGAUGUACAAAGAAGGACACAAAAAAACAUUCGUAAAGACAUUCGUAAAGACUCGCGCAGACGCGGCCAACUGUGUUUGUGGAGCAGUUGGGGUGGGGGAUGGGCAGAGGUGCAGGAUGCCUGAAACAAUAGCGUGUACCGUAUUAAUGCAGUAAGGAGGAGUGACUGAAUCAGCUAAAACCAAGACUCGUUGGAAGGCAUUCUGUUUGUAUGUCUCUUCUUAUUUUCUUUCUUUCUUUCCUUUUUUUGUAUUACAGCUGAAGAACUAUUGAUGUAUAUGAAACAUAAAUAAAUGAGAAAGGGCAGUGUUCUUUCCCACAC